GUUCAACAACAUGGCGAUCAUGCGGAGGAAAUUCCUCGUCAAAAUUCACUGUUUUCCCCCGCUCGUUUACUCUAAACCAUGAGUUCUGUUUGGAAAAGACUGCAGAGGGUUGGCAAAAACGCCAGCAAGUUUCAGUUCACGGCUUCUUAUGAGUCAUUGACGGUUGAAUGCGCCAAAGAUGGGAAGUGGCAGCCCAACAAACUCAGCGUUGUUUGGACAAGGAGAAAGCGGCGGAAGUGUUCCAAGCUUCAUACCUGGAAUCCUGGAAUUAGUAAUCCUUUCAGAGGUGUUAUUGUYUGGGCCGAACCAGAAGAAAUUGACAUAACUGUUACACUUUAUAAGGAUUCAAGACCAGGAAGCCCUUAUGAAGACAAAGAAUGGACAUUUACUGUUGAAGAUGAGUCAACAACUGGACGCAGGAAACCAAUAGCUCAUGGCACAAUCAACAUGGUUGACUAUGCUAGUAUGGAGUUCACUACAAAGGAUGUAUCAUUAAAGCUAAAACUCUCCUCCAAGAAACUUGUGUAUGCAAGUCUUGAUCUACAGCUGUCUUGUGUUUUGAUUAGAGAAGGAAAAGCAACAGAUGAAGACAUGAUCAGUAUUGGCAGCAUGCUGAGUUUGAAUGAAAUUGGUAGUGUCAGAGACUUUGACAUUGAGCCCCAAAUAGCCACGCCCCAACCAGUGCGCAGCCACAAGCGCUCCUUGUCUGGAGGCAAUUCUCUUCCAAGAGCUAAAUCAUUUACCAAAAAAGACUUACCCGCAAUAACCGAUGAUGAUGAAAGCAUGCCACCAGUGCAAUUGAAGAGGACAAGAUCUAAAUCGACCACACCAGCAAAUGACAAGUAUAACGUGUCAAAUAUGAGAGAUACUUACAUAGUUGACAGACGGUUGAGUAGUGCAUCACAGGUUUCCAUGGAGUCAGAUGACACUGAUACCUGGGAUGUUAUCAAAGAUAUGGGCAAGGCAGAGGGUGACCUGAUUCAAUGGUGUCGGAACUGUACACAUGGCUAYAAAGGUGUGAAAAUCAAGAAYACAACAACCUCAUGGCGAGAUGGAAUGGCUUUUUGUGCCAUUCUACAUCAUUUCCAUCCAAAUCUUAUUGAUUUUAAUUCACUUGAUCCUGAAAAUAUCAAGGAAAACAAUAAGCUGGCAUUUGAUGGCUUUGAAAAAGUCGGCAUCAAUCGUCUACUCGACCCAACAACAAUGGCGAUCACGUCAGUUCCUGAUAAACUCUCCAUGAUAACGUAUCUCUUUCAAAUCAAAACUCAUUUCACAAAACCAGAGACUCCAGCCUCGCAUCGCAAACAUAAAGCUUUUAAACUGUUCAGAAARCAUGGKAGCUCUAGUGGCUCUCACAAGGGAAAAACAAAAGAACCAAAGCUUGAUAUUGUAAAUAUACGUGAAAGUAUCGAAAAUAUCAACGAAUCACCUGAAAGUCCUACGGACAAAAAMGAUUAUGACUUAUCAAGAACUGUUGCUGAUGAAAGUUACGGGAAGCGUAGUACUGGGUCGAGUCACGUGAUUGUUGGUGAUGACGUAACUGGUAACUCUGAUUCCGCAUUCAAGAAARAUAAUGAGAUCGCCACAACUGAAAAUGACGAUGAAGCGAGGAGGAAAUCCGGGUUCAAUCCGUUUGAUGACGAGGAAGAACAGGAUGAAAAUGAAGUCGAGAUCAGUAUUGUUGAAGAGAAUGAGGACAAGCCAAAAAGYGCACUUUCUAUCGAAGUAGACGCCAAAAGUAGCAAAACUGAGRGUAGUAUAACACCUAGCRAAGCRUACAACCCUUUUGAUGACGACGACGAGGAUUCGCCCCAGUCCCCAACCAAUCGACUUGCUGAAAUUAUCAGCGAAACUAAAGAAGGCUACAAUCCUUUUGAUAGUGAAAGUGAUACUCCAAACAGCCCUACAGAAACAAAAACUAAUGCUCAACCAACAGUUAACGCCACGACGAGYGAAGAGCGUGCUGGGUACAACCCAUUUGAUGACGAUGAUGACGACUUAGAGGUCGGAGAAACGCCGGCAGGUUCCGGUAAAUCUUCGGAUCCCCCUCGGGGAUAUAAUCCAUUCGACGACGAUGAGGAUGAACAGAACACACAAAUACCUGCACAACCAGAAAAACCGGCUUUACGACGAACUCGCUUGACUGCUAGUGGAAGGAAGAUUAAGCUUCCUGCUCCGAAACCAAGAGGUGCACCAUAUCGACCGAAMCAGGACAGCAAACCUAACGCGCUGCCAAGGAAGACUACUACAUCGCCACCACGKCAGAAUGCAGAGCCAACUUCUCUGGCAAAGCGAAAACUUCCUCCAAACCCAAAACCCAGGCCCUCACGGCCGGCGCCCAGGCCUCCCGGCAGAGUGACCCAAUCGACGGUCACACCGAACAACAUUCCGACGUUUGACGAGUGGAAGAAAGCAAACGCCGCCCAGGGACAUACGAGAGAUCAGUCACCCGCURGUAGAACCUCACUYAGUCCUAGUGGACUMGUUAUAAACACUCGAUCUGUCAGUCCGAGUGGGAGGACAUUUCAAUCUCGAAGACCUGCACCUAAACCGCCYGGAAAACUCCCUGAAAAUGCCCAGGAAGACGAGAAAACUGGAGAAAACAAAGAAAACGUGAAAACUGAGACAACACCAGUAAAAGAGAAAAUUGAAAAAACGGAAGAAAAAGGGGAAAGUGAAAAGACGCAAGAAAAGAGCACUAUUUCAGAUCAAGUUGACAGCGAUGUWACACCAGUGAAAACUGAAGAUAAAAAAGACGARAAUAUGGGAAAUAAAUUAGGRGGRAGUAAAGAGAAAAUAAGCGAAAAAGACGAAACKCAASCYAAGCAURAAAUUGAACUCMAAGAAARUGAAAAAAYGGAUGAAAUCGAAACAGUGAAAARUGAAAAUGAARGAAAGGACAAUGAGCAAGCCAAGGACAGCAACGYUGAUAUYAARGUMCUGGCUCGUCARGUUUUAAUGGAAGCGCGGAAGAAAGCUGGGGCGAGUAGCUCUUUACCACGUGAUAGRGUUGCRGUUUCUCCCACGCAGUCAACCACUGACUUGACUGAUGGUACUGAGGGCUCAUCWAMUGARAGYCCUCAAAUAUCAGACAAAGAGCAGCAAGAAGACAAAGAUGGRUCCAGACGGCAGUCAUUUGGUCCCAAACCAGCAAAACCACCAAAGCCAAGCUCACUGCGUGAAAAACUCAAGGCUGAAACUGAACGUCAAAGUCGACUGACAACUAAAAGUCGAGAAAACCUGGAAGUCAGAAAGAAACGAGACAUAGAGCUUCUUCCUCCCUACUUCUCCCUCACAUCCUACUUCUCUACUCCCUUCCCUCCUUCGUUUUUUCUUCAUCCCUUCGUUCGUUCCUUUUUUGAUAUUUUUUUCUCUCUUUAUGAACCACAGGUCAGUGARUCGAAACAGAGGCAGUCAWUAUCAAAAGCAAACAGCCUCAUUUCACACUCUCAACAGCGCGACCGUAAGAAAGAAUCGUCYAACGAAUYMUUGAGCACAGAACCAAAAGAGGAAAUAGUGAGCGAAAAGAAAGAAACUGAGACGAAACUGGAACGAAAAUCUAGCCAUGUCAUGGAACACAGGCCAUUAAAAUUCAAAUUUCAAAAGGAGAAAGAUCAAGGUAGUUCUGAAUCCWUAGAAAAGCCUGAAAAAUACGAAGAGAGUGAUAAUAUAAAGAGGCUCCGAGCCGUGUUAAACGAAGGGAAAGAUAGCAAAGAUAGUGAAGAAUCAGGAACAGAGUCYGAGAAAGCAGUGUCCAAAACAUCUCCCGAUGAAAGCGAGUCUCCACCGCCAACUCCGCCGCGAAGAACUAGUCUAUCUUAUCAACAAAGAAGGCGAAAUAGACUKUCUAGCUCAGGAAGUGAUUCCAGUAACAAAAGCACCAAUCUAAGUGAUAAGAAAAGAGACGCCUCAAAACCUAAGGAUAUACCAAAUAAGCCACCACAGGGGUCCUCUGAGGAAGGCGUGGUUGGCAGCCCCUCCCCCAGUAAAAAGGGGUACCUCAGCCGAGCCGCGGCUGCUCAGAAAUAUGCUGAUUCAAGAAAAAUGAAAUUUGAUGACUUUGAGCUUCCUGUUACAUCACCCCCGACCCAGCCUCCACCUAAGCCACCUCGGACAAUGGUGUACGAGGGCGAGAAUGAGAAUGGUGACGGUAAGCAAAGGUCUACAGUAUUGAGUUGUAUCCACAGUAUUACUUUUUUUCUGGUGCACUCAAAAAGGUUGAUGGGCCUUCUGUUCAUUCAACACGCCUCAAAACCUAAGGAUAUACCAAAUAAGCCACCACAGGGGUCCUCUGAGGAAGGUGUUGUUGGCAGCCCCUCCCCCAGUAAAAAGGGGUACCUCAGCCGAGCUGCGGCUGCUCAAAAAUAUGCUGAAUCAAGAAAAAUGAAAUUUGAUGACUUCGAGCUUCCUGUUACAUCACCCCCGACCCAGCCUCCACCUAAGCCACCUCGGACAAUGGUGUACGAGGGCGAGAAUGAGAAUGGUGAAGUUGACAAUGAAACGAAUGAAAACGAAAAAAGGAAAGAUGAUUUCGUCGACGAUCUUCAGAAUCCUGUUGAAGAUGAGCUUGAGAGAUCCUUAGAAAGUGGUGAUAGUUCGGAUCUUCAAGACACUGCCGAGUAUGUACAACAAGAACUACAGGCAUUAGCAGCAGAACAGGAAGCUUUAGACAAAGUCGCUGCCAAGUUAGAAAAAGAACUUCGUGAUGCUAUGAAACGAAAAGGUUGUGAAGAAGAGGAGGAAAAACUCAUGCAAUCAUGGUUUAUACUUGUGAAUAAAAAGAACGAGUUGGUUCGACGACAAACGGAGCUUAACAUUCUGUGA